AUGACUCCAGCCCGGACUCAGCUCGUUCCAACCUGCGGGAGGAACAGGCCAAGAUGGCGUCAGCGCAUCAUCCUCACGGCCCCAACGGCCACCCCACGCCCGCCAUCAGCCCCCCCCGACUCCCCACAGAUCGCCCUGCACCCCCCGAGGCCGCCCAGCCCCACACGGCCUCGGAUGGCGGCGGAUUCCACACGGCCCCACCCUGCGCUCACCGCUACGGCUCUCGGCUACAGAGAGCGGAAAGGAGAGGACGCACUUCCGCUUCCGGGACACCUCCUCAAGCCCCGCCCUUCGCAGCGCGCUACGGCGCGGGCGGAGGGACAAAAACCAGAGGGGAGAACGCGGAGCGGCGCUGCGCUGAGUUGUUGGGUGCUGCACCCUGCGGGCUGUGCGGAUCUUGUUGGCGGCUGCUGCUACGUUGUGAACAGAGCUGCCGAUGGCUGUGGGAUGGGCACACGCUGGCAGCACCGAGGACUUAACGCUGCUCAGCCCUGGAAACAACGCUAUCCGUUUCAAUUAGAGCAAGCAGGGAAGCGGCUAUUAAGUGCUUCGUUAUUAUGGUCUUCUCCCAUCCGUGACAUGAAAGAUGAGGACCGUGGUGGCUCCAGCAGUGCAGUGCCUCUCUCUCAUCCCAGAGGUGGAGAGGAAUCGCUUAUGAUGACACGGCUGUGGGCGUGCAGCUGCCUCAGCCCCCCCUUUGCCCAAAUCUUCGGCACCCCCAGCGCAGGGCAGUGAGCUGCAGUGACAGUGGUGCACAUGGAACCCAUCCUCCACCACCACCAUCCCCGUGCCACCGUGGGAGUGCUGGGGACAGCGUGUCCCGUGCUAGCGAUCACGCUCAGCUCUGCUGUCAUUGCUGCUGCCUGAGCCCCGGCAAUGCUUAUGAAUAAAUGAA